CUUUGGUUCCUUACAUUUUCUGCCUGACGUUCUUCUUCGGUCAUCGUGAGGAAAUAUCUGCAUUUUGUGAGGAUCUAUUUGUUAAGCAGUCUAAAAGUACUAUUUUGCUUGAUAAUUGCUAGAAUAGUACAAAAUGGAGUUUGUACUUUUGGACCAGUUAACGUUACAACAGCAAAGGAGAAAAAUCAAAAUUAAAGUUUCUAGGGUAUGGGAAUCCGUAAUACCACGGCUUAAAAAUCAGAUUAUGAGCUUGGAAUGUCUUUUUAUAGAUGAAAAGGGCUAUUCUAUGCAAGCUACCAUUCGAAAGAAUGAUGUGCAACAUUUCAAGGCGUUAAUAUCUGAAGGAACUGUAUACAUUAUCGAGAACUUCAACGUUAUACCAAGUAGAGAUAAGUAUAAAGUUGUAGACCGUAAAUACAUGAUAUAACAAGUAAAUAAAUGGACAAAAGUUGUUGAAGCACCAGAUAAUGCUGAAUCAAUUCUGUCUUACUGUUUUGAAUUUUCUGAUUUUGAUUACAUUAAAAGCAAAAGAAACAAUGACACAUGCCUUCUAGAUGUGCUUGGAACUAUUGUAGCUGUUGGCCCUGUGACUUAUACAUAUGUUAAUCAUGAGCGAACUCCAAUACGAAAUUUAGAGAUACAAAAUUUAGAGAACGAUACUUUUCCUGUCACAUUGUGGGAUCAAUUUGCUUUGCAAUUUGAUGAGAGCGUAAUUCGCGAAAAUGAAGCUUUCGGUCCUGUCAUAAUUAUCUUUGCAAGCAUGAGUGUACGGAAUUAUAAAGAGAAGCUCUACCUAUCCUCAUGUUCGGCAUCUAGGUUUUAUAUUAACUUAGAUAUACCGGAAGUUUCAGCAUUUCAAAAUAAUUUGAAAAGGAGAGAAAUAAGUGUCGGACCAAUUCAGCAUAUUGAAGCGACACAACAACAAACUGUUAACCCUUAUGAACAAAUGUUUGCUAAUCGCAAAACUAUUAGUGAAUUACUUAUGUUAAAUUCAUCAGAAGUUGAGAAUACAAAGUAUACAUGUGAAGCUAAAAUUGUUGAAAUUGAUACGGCGUAUGGUUGGUGGUACAAGGCCUGUUAUGAUUGCAAAGGAGGAGUAAAGGAUUAUGACGGCACUUUUUGGUGUAACCAAUGUGGUAAAAAUGAUCAAUCACCUGUACCAUGGUACAAGCUAAAUACCAUUGUUUCGGAUGAAACUGCUUCAGCGAACUUCACAGUUUUUGGCAAAUCGGCACAGGAUUUGAUACGAGUUCCUGCUCAACAACUUGCAACUGCAACAAAUUCAAAUAGAUUUAUUCUUCCUCCUAUUGUUAAGAAUAUUAUUGGUCAAAAUUAUGUAUUUCAAGUUGGCCUUGAGUCCCGCAAAUUCAGUUCAAGUAUACAAUCAUUUAGAGUUACGAAGAUUUACCAAAAUAUUUUGCCUGCAAAGAUCAAAAUUGAAGAAGAAAAAGAAGAAGAUAUUGACAUUAGAGAAGAUAGUGCACCAACAAGUCCUAACAAAACACAAAACGAUACAAUGGACAAAACAUCUGCCAGUGAUGUCAUAACGAAAACAAUAACUUCCAAAGCAAAGAUGGAGGAAUCUGCGAAGCAAUCGAAAGGCAAAAAAAAAAUCAGUGCUCAGACUAACUCAGAAGAAACUGUAAAACAAUCAAAGGGGAGGAAGAGAACCUGGAGUUAUAUUGACAGUUCUCAAUCUGACGAAGAAGAGAAAUGAAGACCAUCUCUUAGAAAUCCGAGACAAUUUAUUUUUCUAUAGAAUUUGAAUGAUAUGGAUGACAAAGUUAUUAGAAUUCAAUUAUCAUAUAUUCUG